AUGGAGUACCGCCAUCUCGGUAACAGCGGUCUACUCGUCUCGGUUAUUUCUCUGGGAGGAUGGCUUACCUAUGGCGGACACGUUGAAGAUGAAAAAACAUUCUCGUGCAUGAAAGCGGCCUACGACGCGGGAAUCAACUUCUUCGAUACCGCCGAGGGAUAUGCCGGUGGCCAGUCGGAGAUCAUCAUGGGUAAAGCGAUCAAGCACUUUGGCUGGAAGCAGAGAGAUCUAGUCAUUUCUACCAAGCUCUACUUCGGCCAAGACAACGCCAAAGACCCCGAAAACCCACUCAACAACCGCGGCCUCUCACGCAAACACAUCACCGAAGGCCUGAAUCAAUCCCUCGCUCGCCUCGAUCUGCCUUACGUCGAUAUCGUCUAUGCUCAUAGGCCCGACAGGACGACUCCCAUGCACGAAAUAGUGCGCGGAUUCAACCAUUUGAUUGACCAGGGCAAGACGUUUUACUGGGGAACCUCCGAAUGGAGCGCAAGUGAGAUCAGCGAGGCGUGGCGCAUAGCCGAUAAGUUGGGGCUGGUGGGACCGGUUGUUGAGCAGCCGCAGUAUAACCUCCUGACCCGCGACAGGGUUGAGAAGGAAUAUAGAUGGUUGUAUGCCGAGCAUGGGCUUGGAUUGACUGUGUUCUCGCCACUGAAGCAGGGCAUUCUGUCUGGUAAAUACAACGACGUCGAAGCACCACCCCCGGGAUCGCGCGUCAAGGAAGGAGACGGCAAGUUGGCCUACGUAACCCAAUUCGCAAAGACAUGGGGCGACGAAACAUGGCAAAAGAAUCUGGCCGUCGUCGCAAAACUGAAACCCAUUGCGGAAGAAUUGGGUGUUACGCGGGCACAGUUGGCGCUUGCGUGGGCACUGAAGAACCCGAAUGUGUCGUCGCUGAUUACGGGGGCGUCGAAACCGGAGCAGGUCUUUGAGAAUGUGCGCGCGGUUGAGGUGGCGCAAAGACUGACGCCAGAGAUUUUGGAGAGGAUUGAGAAGGCGGCUGAGACUGCGCCGGCUGCUGAGCCUUUGCGUUAUUAG